AUGCUUUACUUGUUAGCUAACCAAAAGAAAUAUGUCCAGACUGUUUUUACAAGCCUGCAGGAGUUGAAAGUCCUUGUUAGACGGUCUUGUCACGACUCUCGCGAUCACAUGAUCAUAGCAAGACCAAACUACUGCUUCUCGAAAGACUAUUUAACCUGUUCAGAAGUAACAAUGGACUCGCGUUGUGUGGGUGAAAGUGAUGGACUGACCUUCUGUCUGGCCAGACCAGAGGAUUACGAUGACGUGAUGGCCAUAUCACAAGACAUAUAUUUUGGCAAUGACUACCUUCCACAUCGCUAUCACUCCUGGAUGACUGAGCCAGGAAGAGUGGUUAUUAUAGCACGGAGAGAUAGGAAGCUGGUGGCUCUGGAGUCAGGCCUGCUGGUUGAUGGAGGUGAAACUGUAGUAGUCGAGGGAUUGAGAGUGUGUCCAAACGAAAGAGGUUGUGGUCUGGCGGGAGUGAUCCAGAGAUUUGUUGAUGGCUACAUGAAGAAGGUCUACCCUAAUGUGAAAGCCAAGCGCCUCACCAGAGGGGAUGACCCAGGGCCUGAAAAACUGAGCAAGUUCACGCUUCUGGCCAGACGGGCCGCUCUCUCUCUAUGGGGGGAUUCUGAAGGUUUUGAAAGCUUUGUCUCAGGUCUGAAGGAAAAAUUGGAUGUGUCAGAUGAGUCUAAAAGGAGCGGUCCUUUAGUGCCAUUAAAGGACUUGGAUGCUCUUAAGACACUUCUCUUGGAUUCAGAUUUGUCUUCCAGACUUCAGCUUCCAGGAGGCGCUAUCAUCCAGGACUGGCAGCCCUUGAAACUCAUGGAGAGUAACCUUCAUAUCUUGGCAAGGCGAAACCUGACGUGGUUUGUAGAUGGUUCCGGUGGGAAACCCCUUUUCAUGAGCUUCCACACACCUCCCUAUCCUGUUCCCUUCAACGGAGGCUCUCUACGCUUUAAUAUCGACCUGUACGGGACGGACACUUCUUUAGCAAAGAAGGCACUAACAGCUCACCUGAACAGCGUGAAAAGUGAGAUUCAAGGCUUGGUUUUGGUUCAUGUUUAUAUGCACCAGAGUCUAUGGGAAGAUUUAAAGCAGUUUUGUGAGGGCCAUGACACAGUGAAGCAGCUCAGGGAUUACUGGGAGCAGCUGUUUUUAGAAAAGAGCUAUAAUGAUAUCUAAAGAGGGUAUAGAGGGGAAAAAAGACGCCGGCAAUAAAGAAAGACUUGUUUAAUUUUUUGGUGAUUGAUGUUGUAUUAGCCAUAAUGGAGUUGUCAGCUUUGUUUAAACAAACUAUUUGUUCGACAAAUUAAAUCGGUUUAAGAUAUUGU